AACCCCAAAAUACAUAUUUGACCGGAUAUCAUACGUCGCUUUCUCUCUUUCCUGCAGGUCAAUACCUCACACGCUGAUAACCUUCUUUCCCUUUUCUUCUCCUCUUCUUCUUCCUUCCAUUCUUCAACCUUCUGUAUGUAUUCCACUUCCAGCUAGGUUUCAAAAAAACCCAAAAGAUCCGUUAUGUGUCUCACUUUUUCUCUGAGAUUAGCUUUCACACGGAUCGACCUUCGAAUUUGGGUUCAUCUUUGCAUAUUAAUCUUGUGAUGGAGUCUAUAAAGUCAUACUACAUCAUACUCUCUCUUCUACUGGAUCUGGUUUUGUUUUUCUGGUUGUUGUUUAGUGAAGGAAGUUUUUCUGUUUUUUUCACGAAAUCAGGUCAACAAUGGUGGAUCCUACCAUUACCUCUCUUAAUCAAUUGGAUGUAACCAAGACAAACGUGACUAUUAAAGUCCGCAUACUCAAGCUUUGGAAGCUACUAUCAUUUAAAGUGAAGAAUGCAAUUCAUGCUGUAGAAUUGAUCCUCAUGGAUGAGGAGGGUUCCAAAAUUCAAGCAACUGUGGCUGGUAAUUAUCUCGUAAAGUAUGGAAAACUACUUCAAGAAAAACGUUGUUUCUUGGUUACUAAGUUUGAAAUUGGCGACAAUGUGUCUCCGUACCGUCCGACUAACCAUCCACAUAAACUGUUUUUCAAUUUCUCUACCGACAUCAUGAAUUGUGAUGACUUUGGUGGAUCAAUUCAUGGAUUCUCUUUUACUUCUUUUGAUGUUCUUCGCAAUCGUGCUAUUCCACAAAACUCUCCUGUUGAUAUAAUUGGUUACGUUGAUGGUUGGUUUCCUAUGGUUGAUCAUACAAGCAGAAAUGACAAACUGACCAAAAAAAUGAGCUUACAACUUCGUGAUUUAGAGUACCGUAAUGUUUAUGUCACUUUGUGGGGAGAUUGUGCGGUGCAAAUGUCAAAGUUUAUGGAAAACAAACCGAGUGAUGUUUUUGUGAUACUGCAGUUUGGAAGAUAUACCUUUCAUGAAGGUAAGGCAUAUGUCUCCAGUUCUUUUCAAAACAGCACAUUGUAUCUGAACGAAAGCAUUGAUGAGUUAAUUGAUUUCCAAAAGAGGUUACUUGAAAGAAAAUCGGAUCUCGGUUCUUCAGGCCGUCCUUUGGGUUCAUCUCAAGCUGGCAAAAGUAUUCAUGAUGAUUUUUUGCUUGAAACUGAGUUCAAUAACAUUGAUGAGGUUAAUAAAAUCAAACAGCAAAAGAAUGUGAUUGUGCUUGGUACAAUCAUAAGUUUCCCUCCUGGUGUUGAGUGGUAUUACAAUUCUUGUAAGGAUUGUAUGAAGAAGGUUACUGUCUUGUAUUUUAUAAGUGAUGAUGAUGAUGGAUUAGAUUUAAGUGAGGACAAACAGACCAUUCGAUGCAUAAAUGAUGUUUGCAAUGAAAAAGGUGUUUCUGUGGUUCCCCGGUUGAAACUUCAAAUUAGGAUACAAGAUGGUACAGAUAUUGCAUCUCUAACUUUGUUAGACCAUGUAGCUCGAAAAUUGCUUGGAAAGAGUGCUCAAGAGUUGGUUGAUAAGUUUGUUGAUGGUGAAACGGAUAAUUUGCUCCCUGAUGAAAUUAGUAAUUUGGUUGGCAAAAAGAUGGCGUUUAAGAUUGAGAUUUCUCACUUUAACGUGGAGAAUAACUAUAAGUCAUUCACUGUCAAAAGAUUUUCUGAUGAUCCUGCAAUAAUUUCCCAGCUUGAAUCAAAGUUAGGGAUUGACCAUGUUGACCUUUCAAACUCGGUGAAUAUCACAUCUGGUGAUUUUGAAAGUACCGAAACUGUCGAUCUGAAGGAUGAUACCCCGAUAUCACUGAUUGGUUCAAGCACUGGAUCAUUAUCUGCUGCUGCAAAAAAUGCUGAAAACAUAAGGGUACAUUCCGAGCUGAAGCGUAAUCUUGCGGAAUCAUAUGAUCAUGACGAAUCAGCAACAAAAGCUCCUUUAGCUUGCAAUGAAGAUUUCAACACUUAUAGCAAAGAGAAGCGCAAGACGAGAAAACAUACUACUUACUCGAAGGAUUCUAUAUCAGUCACCACUGAUUAUCAGACCCCAGUUUCACUGAUGGAUACAAGGGGUUCGUUGAUGGAUUCAAGUGCUGGUGGUAUGGCUUUGCGUAACAAAAGGGGAGGAAAGAUAAAGACACCACUUGAGCUGAAGCGUACUCUUGCGGAAGAAUUUGAUUGUGAAGAAUCUGAAAGUAAAGAUCCUUUAUCUAUAAAUGAAGGACCUAAGUCACUUUUGAUUCCCAAGAAGGAAAAAUGAUCAUAUCUAUCUAUUGUUAAGACUUUUAUUAAUCCAUGUUUAGGAUAUCUACUAUCUAUCUAUUGUUAAGACUUUUAUUAAUCCAUGUUUAGGAUAUCUACUAUCUGUUUUUGAAAACUUAUUUUGUUUAAGAUCAGCUGUAUUUUUGGAAACUUAUGUUGUUUAACUCAGUCGUAUGAAUGAAUGUUUAAUGUUUA